AUGUCCUCCUUCAACCUCCACCUCCAAAUUCUCAACCUCCUUCGCGUUAAUAUGCGAACAUUCAACUCAAACGUCGAUUUACCAUCGGUCUCAGCCACCACUGAUGGGCCACGGCGACCUUCGGAUGCGAUUAUAAGCGAGGACUUGUGCCUUCAACUCGUCAGGAACAGUGCUGGCUAUCGUCAGCCGCAACUCGCCGAAGAAAAGGCUGAUAUCGUUCAGUCCAACACUUCGCGCACAAAUUUUUCCUCGCCCAUUUGGCGUUUGCCGACCGAAAUUCUCUCCGAAAUCUUCCUUUACUGUCUGCCCGAAGACGAAUAUUUGGUGUAUGCAGCAACACAGGCUCCUAUGCUAUUGACAAGAAUAUGUCGCCGAUGGAGGGAGAUUGCUGUGGACUUGCCCGUGUUAUGGUGCAGGCUGCAGUUGGAAUUCUGGUACGAAGACUGGCAGGAGAGAGCUUUCCGACAUGAUGAUUGGCAGACGAGAGCUUUCGGUUACGACUCCUGGCUCAAGCGAUCAAGAGGAUAUCCGCUCUCGUUAAGACUUGAGUGUGGCACUGACUGGAGCGAGCUACAAAGUCUUCUCCAGCCAUACGUUCAGCAAAUCUCAUCUCUCUCGCUUGGCUUUCUAUCCUGCGAUGGCCCAUUCAUGAUGGAAGACUUCCACGCACUGAAGGAGCUCACUAUUUGCAAAUACAUUUUUGAUGAUCCUGCGCGAGCUAUCAACCGCUCUCUCUCGAAACUGCCAGUUAAUCUGCGCAGGAUUAACAUGGAGAAUGUGUGGUUCAACCGCAAGCGAUUAAAUUUCUUCACACAUUCCGCGUGGGCCCGCCUCACACAUAUCGAGAUCAACUUAGAUGGACUAUGUGCAUUCACUCGCAUACUCCAUCUAUGUCCCGAUCUAUCUUCCCUGAAGAUGACUGGAAUAUUCUGCACACGAUUCAAACUCUGCAAAUCAGUCACGCACACCAACCUUCAAUCCCUAUCCAUGUCGUGGAGCGUGCUUCGGAACUCUGGCGAGGGUCUUGGCUUAUUCAAGGUUAUCACACUCCCGAACCUUCGCAUGCUUGAAGUUAUCCAUAGGGGGCCGUGGCCACAUGAAUCGUUCAUGAAAUUUUUGACGCGGUCAAAAUGUCCCCUGGAGAGGCUGCGAGAAGAAUAUGCUGCCCUUAUUCCUUCGAAUCAGUUUUUGAUGGAGAUGAACCAACAGGACGUCCAAUAUAUCUAA